AUGUGGAAGAAGGGCCGGGCCCAGGGCUCCUCGGCUCUGAAUGAUGAGCCUCGCGUCCACCCAAAGGUGUGGCUAGAAGAGACCCCUGGGGGCUGCUCACCCAACAAGAGGGUGGUGUCUGUGGGGCAGGCACUGAGUGCCAGAGCCCAGCCUGCCUGCGCCAUCUCCCUGGGCCCUCAGGACCCCGGGGCAGGUCUGGUAUUGUCACUGCCAUCUUACAGGUGGAAGCGGUUUCUGGUUACUUCCUGCUCCUCCCAGCCCAUCACUGGGAUGCCGAGACUGGGGGGCCGAGGGUUCUCCAUCCUGGUGCUCCCGGGCUCAGCCCUGCUCCAGGGGACAGAGGCAGCUGCGUGGUGGCGAGGAUGUCCUGAGAUUCUCUGUGGCCGAGAGGCAGGGGUCCCGCCGGGACCUGCAGGUCUGUUUGAUGUUCAGGAGAGAUGUCCAGCCAAGGCCACAGGGAAGGGACUCACCACGAGCAGGCCUCUGCUUUUUGCGGGGCGGGAGGGAAACCAGGCUAGCUGCGGGACGUUCGGUGACUUGCCCAAGGCCACACAGCAGGGAGCUGGCUUCUCCGUCCGGAACGGAAUCCUCUCACUUGGGCUGGCGCGCUCUGAUCCGGCUGUGGCCCUCGUUGGCCUGUUUGGCCCCCCUUGCUUCCUUCUAACGCCCAGCAGGCCCCUGCAACCCAGCUGUACCCUGCGAUGUGGUCCCAAAGGAGGUGAGCCGCACCCUGAGACAGCAGAGUGUGGCAGUUCACCGGGGCGCCUGCAGGUGGGCUGCAGUGACCAAGAAGGGACGAGGGGGCAGGACAUGCCCAGAGUGAACAACAGGAGAAACGCUACAGCAGGGGACAAGUGCAGGACAGCCUCCAGUGUCAGGGAGCAGGUCAACGUGGGGCCGUGGAGAGAAGCAGGUGGCCAGUGCCUUCGGGGCCCCCGGCAACUUGCCAGGCGCUGGGGGAGACGCACAGGUUUUCCCUCAAGAAGCCUGCUGAGGCUCCAGGCCCGCAGAGCGCAGACCGGAGGCUGUAGCCCGGCCACAAGGUGCAGUGGAGGCGUCUGAAACCAGGCCGCCCACAGGAUGCUGGAAGCCACAGGGGCUUGGUGGGUAUCCGUCAUGUGAAAGACACCGAGAGGCCUGCUCUGCUCCCCCCUCCACAGCUCAGGGAAGGUGGUUCCUGAGCACAGGAGGAAAUACCCUCCUCCCUGGGGGUCUCGGGGCACUGUCCCCCCGGGACUCUCCCCCACCUCCAACGGACCGCCCAUGACACACAGGAGGCCUUCCUCUCGACUCUUCUGGGCAUUUGUAUGUUUGCGGCAGGGUCUCACUCUGGCGCUUGCUGUCCACCCGGAACUGGGAAAGCCAGACGGGCAGCGGCCUCAGUCCUUCCCAACUCAGAC